AGACAAUGCAAAACGUUCGCUGUUGUCUCUUGGCUCCGCCUCCGAAAAGUGCCAUUGGGCAGCGCUUCCCGCGCGGUGAGCGACUGACGUACAGUUCGUCCGUACUACGUCGAGUACGAUGAGAGCAGGUUUCAGAUUGCUCAAUUGGUCGAGUGUCGACACUAGUCACAUUUCCACACUUACUGUUUGCAGAUUCCGUAAAAACUUUGCAGUUUGAUCAAUUUUAUGCCAUUCAGUAGUCCAAACACGUCGUUAUUCUUGUUGGAAUUUGGAAUAUGAACGAGCAAUGCUGGAGUUGAUCAGACUUUUAUCAUGAUGUUCAAAUCACUCUUCUGACUGAUCUCGCAGUUGUGGAGAACGUUGUCAAGCUGAAACCCAGUUACCUGCUGAGCAUCGCUGCACGGGCCAGACCCAGUUUCCCCGACUCGUCUCCAUGGAAUCGCGAAAGCGCUGCCUGAGUUCCCCGCUGCACUACGCUCCCGCCCGUCGUCGUCGUCUGCGCAGCGACGACGGCGCCAGCGACGACGCUCCCCCCGUAACAAUGGACGAAACCCCGCUGGAGGAUGAGGAAACCGUCAUCCAGCAUCCCGCCCACUACGACGCCGACGUCUCCGACUGCGGCGACCUGGACACCACCAAUAUCCCCUCCAACCUCGACGGGAGUGCCGCGGAGUCCGCCGCCAACCUCCACCGGGUGCGGGAUAGUCUGAGUCAGACCAACCUGUCCUUCCUCAACAACUACGACUUCCAGAGCGCUGUGGCCGCCGUCAUGCAGAUGGCCGAGGCCGAGCACCACCCCCCGGCCUUUCUGGCGCCGCGCCACCAGCAUCGACACUCGGCGCUGUCCGACGACUCGGAGGUGGACAGCCAUUCGGAGGUGUCGUUCUCCUGGGAUAUGACGCCCAGUCAGGGGCAGCGCGCGGGGCCCCUGGACGACUGCGAGGUGCUGCGGAAUCUGGGGCUGGCGUCGCCGGGGUUGUCGCCCAUUCGGGAUAUUGACAGAGGGGAGACGCCGAUGAAGGACACGCCGGAUAGGGGGCGGAAGACGCCGCGAUCCACUGCCAAGCGAGCGCUCAAGUUUUCGCCGGCGGCGAGCUGGCCGCGAUAAUUUAUCUCUAGUGCGACAGGAAUUAUUUACCUCUACAGUCCCGUCUUUUUUUGAGUGCAUUUGUUUUUCUGUUUUUUUCAGCAGCGGCACUCAGUUUUUUUUAUUCCUGUACUUAAUUUAUUUUUCUGUGUCCAGUAUAUGUUCCAGUGUUUUUGCAUCUUGUCGACUGGUACCCGACUACCCGUAGCAGAUUUUUUAUAGUUAAUUUUGUCGGCAACCAUGCAGUACGG